GUCUUCGUUGUCUUUCUUCUCAGCGGUGGUGCCCUGUGGCUGUGACGCUGGGGAUCCUUUGUCUGGGUUUACUGGUGACCAUCGUAAUGCUGGCAGUGCAAUACAAUUGUCUUAGAAGAGAGGGAAGAGCUCUCAAACGCUGUGUCAAUUGAGGAACUCCAUGGAACAAUGGCAUACCGAUCUGAGCUAGAAAAUUUGGAUGAAGAUGGAUAUACGCAAUUACAGUUCAGCUCUAGAGGCAUCAACAAGAGACCUGUGUCCUCAGAGAAAGGACCUUGUGCUGCAUCUCUUCCUUGGCGUUCCAUUGCUGUGACUUUGGGAAUCCUAUGCUUGGUCAUACUGGUGAUAGCUAUAGUCCUGGGUACUAUGGGUAUUUGGAGAUCCAAUUCAGGAAGCAACUCAUUGAAGAAUGACAAUUUUCCAUCAAGAAAACCCACACAAUCAUCUUUAGAAGAGAGUGUGGAUUCUCCCAAGGCUCUCACAACCACAGGAGUUCUUUCCAGCUCUUGUCCCCCUAACUGGAUUGCACACGAGAAGAGCUGUUACCUAUUUGGCACAUCAUUGAAUUCCUGGAAUGAAAGUAAAAGACAGUGCUCUCAACUGGACUCUUAUCUCCUGAAGAUAGAUAGUUCAAAAGAAUUGGUAAGUGUAGAUUUCAGUUAUAGUUAUCUAUAGUCUAUAUGGAGCAGAGAAAUAGAGAUAGAUUCCAGGUAAUGAUAAUCUUCCUUAAGAAAAAGUGAUAUUUGUUAUUCUCCAUAAUUAUAGUAAUAGCAUGCAUUA